AUGGAACCAGGGAACAAUGUGACUUACUUUGUCCUCCUGGGACUCACACAGAAUCCGAAGGAACAGAAGGUCCUUUUUGUUAUGUUCUUGCUCUUCUACAUUUUGACCAUGGUGGGCAACCUGCUCAUUGUUGUGACUGUAACUUUCAGUAAGACCCUGGAGUCACCGAUGUACUUCUUUCUUGGAAGCUUAUCAUUCAUGGAUGUCAUUUAUUCGUCAGUCAUCUCUCCUAAAUUGAUUUCAGAUUUGUACUUUGGGAAAACAACCAUAUCCUUCCAAUCCUGUAUGCUUCAGCUCUUUGGGGAACAUUUUUUUGGUGGAUCAGAAGUCUUUCUUCUAUUGGUGAUGGCCUAUGACCGCUAUGUAGCCAUCUGUAAGCCCUUGCAUUAUUUGGUCAUUAUGAGGCAAUGGGUGUGUGUUGUGCUGCUGAUAGUGUCCUGGGCUGGAGGUUUCCUGCACUCAAUCAUUCAACUUAGCUCUCUUUAUGGGCUCCCAUUCUGUGGUCCCAAUGUCAUUGACCACUUUUUCUGUGACAUGUACCCUCUAUUGAAACUUGUCUGUACCGACACUUACAUCGUUGGCUUCUUAGUGGCAGCCAAUGGAGGAGUAAUCUGCACUCUUGUGUUCCUAUUCUUACUCAUUUCUUAUGGUGUUAUCUUAUACUCCUUAAAGAGCCUUAGUCAGGAAGGAAAGCGAAAAGCCCUUUCCACUUGUGGUUCCCACAUCACUGUGGUGGUCUUCUUCUUUGUUCCCUGUAUUUUCAUGUAUACAAGACCUGCUAAGACUUUCCCCAUUGACAAAUCAUUGAGUGUAUUUUAUACAGUGAUAACCCCUAUGUUGAACCCCUUAAUCUACACGUUGAGAAAUUCAGAGAUGACAACUGCUAUGAAGAAACUCUGGGGUAAAAAAUGA